AAGCCAGGGCAGGAGGCGGAGCGAAGUUUGUAAACUCACGUUGCAGUGUAGACGAUCCGUUUUCCACAACAACAGAAAUAUAAGCUCAGUUUGAGACCGUCAACCGUCAGUUCGUUCACAGACUUCAGCAAGAAAGCGACUUCGAAAGAAUAUUUGUUAUUGUCACGGCCUGCAUCAGGGCUGUACAGAUAGACUAAAAUCAAACAAAUCGGACCACCAGAGAAGAUUCAACAUGGGCAACAAACGGAAAGCCUCCAGUGACACCGACAAAGAUUCAGAUGCCAGCUCAGGAUAUUUUAGUGCUCUAGACCAGACAGACAUUGAAGACAUUGGACCAACUGGUUCUGCAGCACUAAACAUGCCGACAGCUCCUCGGGUGCCUUUCAUUACUGGCUCGCAUCCAGGCAUAUCUCCCAUGAUCGUAAUGAACAACUUUGUCCUCAAGCAGCCGAACUCUACUGCGCCUGCUUUAAAACCUUGGAGCCUAAACACUUCAUUAGAUGUGGUUCCCCAGUCUCAGCUGCUUUACCUACAGCCUGUUGCUAAAUGUUUACCCAGCGGUGACAGUACGAGCCAAAGCUUUGACAAGCAGAAGCAUUCCAAAAAGCAUGCUCCCCUGCAAAGCACCUUUCAAAAAAUUGCCCCACAUCCUGCUCAAGAACCUACAGUUGACCAAGGGCCUGGUGCCAUCAAUAGGAGGUCAAGCCACAGUCAUGCUGGAAGACAUCACCGACACCGUUAUGAGGACAAACCUUUCCACAAUUUCCCUUUGAAGCAGGAUGUCUCUGAGACUUUUAGUGGUUACGGUGUAGACCCAAGUAUUUCUUCUUUAGAAGAAAUUGGUCACACCGUUGAAGACAUGCAUGUGAAAGACUCUCCGUCUAGGCUUUCAGAUUUUCAGGAGCCCCAUACCACCACUUCCCCGUUCUCUCUUUGUACUGACUCCUUCCUCGCAGCGUUCCCUCAGAAGUUCCCUAAAACUUCAAUCAGCCAGAGCAGUGAUGUGGAAAGUAUCCCAGAAGCCCUCUCUCCAAGUUCCAGCAAACGCAAACGCUUUUGCAACACGUAUAAUAUCUUGAAUCGGUCAGGCCUGCUGGGCAUCACAAUGCGCACAAAGGAACUCAUUCGACAAAACAAACGCUCCCAGGCCCAACUUCAGAGUCUACAGGCUCAGACUGAUCUGUUUUUGGAGGCCAUAUGUAGCAGAGACCCCAAAGUCUGGACCAGAUUGCAGCUCCUCCUCCAGAACUCUGGAAACAGUGAGGAAAUGCCGGUGGACUCUGUAAAGGGUGUUGAGGAAGACCUAUCAGAUGUGGGCUGUAUGGUGUAGUAGC